CGGUAGCCGAUUUGCUGGUGGCGGUCGUUGUGAUGCCUUUUGGAGUUUAUUAUUUGGUGAACGGUAUUUGGGGUCUACCGGCCGUGGUAUGUGACUGCUACAUCGCGAUCGACGUCACCUGUUCCACAUCCAGCAUCUUCAACCUUGUCGCCAUCUCAGUUGACAGAUAUAUAGCAGUCACGCAACCAAUAAAAUACGCAAAACAUAAAAGCAACCUUCGAGUAUGGCUGAUGAUCGGCGUCGCCUGGCUGGUGUCUGCUGCUAUUGGCUCACCCGUGGUCUUGGGUCUCAACAACACACCAGAUCGCAGUGAACACCAAUGCCUUUUCAACAGUACGGACUAUGUGAUUUUCUCGUCUCUGGGAUCCUUCUACAUACCGUGCAUCAUUAUGAUGUUCCUGUAUUAUAGGAUUUUUAAGGCGAUACGACAGCGCGCUAAGAAGCAACGCGUAGCUAAAACGACUUCGACAGUCAGUUCGGCCGUGUCAACUGGCGCAACGGCUGUCAUAAUUGAGAACGUUGCGCAUGGGCAUAGGUUUAAUAUACCAGAAGAUAGAGCGACAAAUACAGCCUCCGGUAGCAAUGAUGACGAUGAUGAUAAUUACGAUAAAACAGAGAUGGGUGAAUAUGCUGAAGAGUUGGCGAGAACGAGGUCAGCGCGGUUCAUGCUAGCCGCUGUAGUCGAAGAGACUGGCCUAAUAAUGGCCAAUCUAGCAUCGCCAAUACCAAUGAUAGAUCCCAACACAAAUAACGACUCUGGCUAUGUUCCCUCCAAUAUGGACUUGGAGAAGGAACAUUCACCUCCUCCUUCACCCCACCGUGAAGAGAAGAAAGAAGAGAGGAAAGAAGAAAGGAUAAUCGAUGUACCUAAGAAACCUGAGUUGAAAAAAAAGCUGAGCCGGAUAAGCAAUAGCUCGUUAAUAUCAACUCCGCGUCGAAGGUUCAGAAGUGCUGCGUCUGCAGCAAGAUUUACCAUCUUCAAAGCGAACAGGGCUGGAAAAAUGAGGGCCAAAUCCUUUGCCAAGAAAGAGAAGAAAGCUACUCAGACACUUGCCAUUGUUUUAGGGGUAUUCCUCUUCUGCUGGGCCCCAUUUUUCACCUGCUCAGUUCUGGAUGCUCUCUGCACCAAGUUCGGAUGGAGCUGCUCACCGGGUGUCACCGCCUUUAUCCUAACAACUUGGCUUGGCUACAUCAACUCCUUCCUCAAUCCAGUGAUUUACACAAUCUUUAAUCCAGAAUUUCGUAAGGCAUUUAGGAAAAUUCUGUAUUGUUCUUAAUGCAUGUAGUGGAGAAUAAAAUUUCGUAUUAUUCAAGUAGCGGGCUGAACUUUUCAAACUAACAAAGGAAAG